CCGCCUCCCAGAGCAAACACAAGCCCGAGUCCCAGGCACAGCCAGGCCCCACAGCCCUGGCUGCAUCUAGCUAUGGGGGUGGGCCCUGCGUGCCAUGAGGGGCACCCCGAGCCUCCUGACUUCAGCAGAGACCCAGACUGGUCCCCAGAACACACUCGGCCACAGGCAAGAGCUCUGAAGGCAGAUAAUGAAUGCUUCCCAGCCCAGGUAGCCACGACCUACUGGGCCGGCAGAAGUCUGCGAGGGCGCUUGGCACGGUCUCCUCAGAGCCGCCGGGGCCAAGGUAGGAAGUGCUGAGACUCGGGGAAGAACCCACUCUCCCUACCUAAGGCAGGUACCAACCUACCACACCAGCCUGGAGGAGGCCACAGCUGCUAGCCUUGGAAAUCCAGUAAAAUACGACAUGAACUUGAAAAAGCAGGCUGCCUUUCCGAGAUGUUCUUCAUCCAGUUUCGCUACCGUGCCUCUCUGCAAAAUAGGUCAGCAGCCUCCAUGCUGCCACCCAAAUGUGGCUUGGUAGGCAGCCUAGAAUUAUGACAAAACUCUCAGACUCCAGGGCCUUAGGACACCGAAAAAGCCAAACACAAAGGGACAGUGUACAGUAAAUGUGUCUGCGGAGAUGCGCCCUGAAAGUCUGAAGAUUUGGGGAGGAUGUGAGCGGAUCGUACCAAGACAGCCUCCUCCAGGCCAUUGGUUUCACCAGGAAGAACCACAGCUACCCAAGCAGCCCACUGCCUUCCUCUACAGACAGAAAGUAAGCUGUGGUUCCUUGGGCCAGGUUUUUGUCACAUGCUCCGGGAGUGUCAAUGUCAUAGUAGGGACAGGAGCCAAAGCGGGGCAGUGGAGACUGGAGUGGGAGGAUGGGAAUGUAAGGGGAAUAUAAAUGCAGUCCCCCAGGCCCACAAGCAUGUGAUUCAUCCACCCAUAGGCAACUGGCUUGGCUCUACCACAGAGAGAAGCAUUUUUAUUUCUGCUACUGGGGAGUUUUAGAGUCUUUGGAAGAGAGUGAGUAGAAGGCCUGCCAGAAUUCAAACGCCUGGUUUCUGACUCUCUGGUCCCCGCGCUUCCCACGAUGGCUACUUGCCUGGCGCGAGCUCCUGAGGAUGGCAUAGAGCUUCUUCACCACCUCGUUCAGCUCUUAUGGGUAAAUAACGUAUUGCCAGGAGAUUAUAUAACAACUUCUAUUUGUAGAACACUUUACAGUUCACAGAGCACUUUAACGCAGAUGGCCUCAGGACGCUGGCAGUUGCCUGGGGAAGUUUCCUGGCAUCCCACACCCAGGUUUUGCACGACAGGAUAUUGAUUUAGAGCGUGGAUGGUGCCUCAUGCCCCACAGCAAAGACGGAAGGUGGGUUUUUUUCGGUAUUUACACAGCUGUCUGACACUUCCAAAGCUACCCCAAAUUGUGUUUUUGAAAAUGGAUGCCAGAGGCAUCCUAGAAGGUCAGAGCCAUGUUUUCAUUUAGCACUAUUCCAGAAUUUAUUCAUAUCUGGGCACUUAACUAUGUAUCGGAGAUGCCAAGGAACAAGGACUCUAGAGGCUGUAUUUGGUCCAUUUCCGAUCCUUGAGGAGGAGUUUAAACGUCAUUUCCCUGCAAGCUUGGCAGGACCCUUGAGGCUGUCGUUUGCAAACCACUGGAUGCAGUAACUGUGUGUGGGAAGCCUGCACACACCGUCCUCAUGGAUUAUGGAUGGUUUUGCAGACUCAGCAGAGCUUUUGGAUCCAUAGACGGCUUGAUCAGAAUCAGAGUCAUGUACUGGCCUGCACCAGAAAAAUGAUUCCUACUGGAUGGAAACUUCCCACAGGGAGGUCAGAGUGGAAGCAGUCACUGGUUUCUGCAGCAGCUCACAAGAUCCCAGGUUUUCAAACUGGGAGGGAUCUGAAAGACCAGCAAGCACCUCCUCUGGACUUUGGUGAUGAUGAAACUUAGACAGAGAGAAGUGAAAGGAGGAAUCCAAGAGACAUCAUCUAAGAACAAUGCUCUUCCCACUGUGCCAUACUCUUUGUUCCAGAAAACACGUUCUAGCAGAAGAUUUGACUCAGGCUGCCUUUGGGCGGGCUUGGCUAGCCUGCAGGUCCCGCCAUCAUGCAGCAUCGUCAGGGCCCUCCACCGCCAUAAGCUGGGCAAGGCUGUCCGGCCAUCACUACAGCAGGGUCUCCAGCAGGCCUUUCUGCACUCUCUGGCUUCUUACCGGAUAUUCCAAAAGGCUGCCCCCUUUGACAGGAGGGCCACAUCCUUGGCAUGGCACCCAACUCACCCCAGCACCCUGGCUGUGGGUUCCAAAGGGGGAGAUAUCAUGCUCUGGAACUUUGGCAUAAAGGACAAACCCACCUUCAUUAAAGGGAUCGGAGCUGGAGGGAGCAUCACUGGGCUGAAGUUUAACCCUCUUGAUACCAACCAGUUUUUCACCUCCUCAAUGGAGGGAACAACUAGGCUGCAAGACUUUAAAGGCAACACUCUCCGAGUUUUUACCAGCUCAGGCACCUGCAACUUCUGGUUUUGCAGCCUGGAUGUGUCUGCCAGAAGCCGAAUGGUGGUCACGGGAGACAAUGUGGGGCACGUGAUCCUGCUCAACAUGGAUGGCAGGGAGCUUUGGAAUCUGAGAAUGCACAAAAAGAAAGUGACCCAUGUGGCCCUGAACCCAUGCUGUGAUUGGUUCCUGGCCACAGCCUCUGUAGACCAAACAGUGAAAAUCUGGGACCUGCGCCAGGUUAGAGGGAAAUCCAGCUUCCUCCACUCGCUGCCGCAUAGCCAUCCUGUCAACGCAGCUUGUUUCAGUCCUGAUGGAGCCCAGCUCCUGACCACUGACCAGAAGAGUGAGCUCCGGGUUUACUCGGCCUCCCAGUGGGACUGCCCCCCAAGCCUGAUCCCACACCCUCACCGCCACUUCCAGCACCUGACGCCCAUCAAGGCAACCUGGCAUCCUCGGUACAACCUCGUUGUCGUGGGCCGAUACCCAGAUCCUAAUUUCAAAAGCUGUACCCCCCAUGAAUUAAGGACGAUCGAUGUGUUUGAUGGAAACUCAGGGAAGAUGAUGUAUCAGCUCUAUGACCCAGAAUCUUCUGGUAUCAUUUCGCUCAAUGAGUUCAAUCCCAUGGGGGACACGCUGGCCUCUGUGAUGGGUUAUCACAUUCUCAUUUGGAGCCAGGAGGAAGCUGGGAUGCGGACAUGAGAGACAUUAAUGAAGGUGCGGGCCAAGCCAGAGCUUGGAGCCACCUGAGAACAAAUCCUCUGGGAAGAGGCGGCUGUGUGUUAAAGGGCCAAAGGUAUCCAAGUCUUAGGGUCGGAGCAGGGACACUGUGGCAUGGGACACUGUGGGACUGGGACACUAGCAUGUUACUGCUCUGGACUUAGCUCCAGAAACUUCUCCAGGGUUGGUGCCCCAGGUGCCCCAAGGGUCCCUGCUAUAUCUAGCCUGGAGCCAAGCUUCUCCUGGAGCCAAGGUACUUUUCUAUUCUUUGAUGAGCAGUGACAGAGGGAUCAGGCAGUGGUUUUUGGUUUGUGCUCACUAUUGACUUGGCUAAUAAAACCAUACCCAACUGA